AUGAAAUCAAAAAAAGUGUUAUUCAUCUUUAAUCAAAAAUAUAAUUAUGAUAUAAACUUAGAAAAAAAUUAUUAAAUAGGAAGAAAUUAUUAAAAUCAUUUUGCCAAAAAAGUCGAAAACAAUAAAAAAGUAUUUUGAUUUUAAAUAUUAUAAGAAAAAUUUUUGA